AUGAGGCUUAUAUGUUUGUGGUGUUUCCUUGUGGCUGCGACUGCGCAGGAUGAUGGAUUUUACGCGCCGCAGACUUUCAAACAACAGGUGGAGCCCUCUUACCGCGGUGGAUUAUUUUCACCUGCCAAUAAUGACGUCACCCCUCAGAGUACAAUAGUCGAACCAUGGAGACCCAAAAUAGGACCUGCCUUCGAAUCUUGGGGAGGCUCCGCUCAAAGCCAGGGUGCCCCGAGGCCGGAGCCCUGGAGGCUCCCUUACAGCAUUUCCAAGGAACAGCAAGCGGCCAUUCUUCACCACAAGCAAGCUCUUAGUUCAGAGGGUAGCUUCCAAUACGAGUACGCUUCAGACAAUGGCCUCGCGGCUGGUGAGGUCAUUCAACCCGACGGGUCCAGGGUCGGCUCCUACCAGUACAAGGAUCCUAGCGGGCAGAUCGUCAAGCUGAAGUACAAGGCCGGGAAGGAAGGUUUCCAGAUCCUGGAAGGCAGUCAUCUUCCCAAGCAGCCAGAGCCCGUUCCUCCAUUAAAUCAAGACCAACAUUACAUACAUGCGUAUGAGCAACAGAGGCAACAAUACGAGAUCCAGCAGCAGUACAACCAGCAGAAACCUGAACAGCAGACUUGGAGACCAAAUCAGCAGAACUACGAGGGCCAGCAGUCACAGCAGCAGCAUUACCAGCAGAACAGCUGGAGAGAGGGGCAGGAGGACGAUGGCCAGUAUCGUGAAAAUGACGUGUACAAUAAAGGACCCCACACGUUCGGCGAAGGAUAUGCAUUUGCUUUCAAAGGGUAGUUAAGAUUCUUUGUACACGUUGACCAGAUGAUAGGUUAAAGAUAUUUUGUAUUUCAAAUAAUGAUAAAUAAAUAAUAACA